GGUGAGGGGCAGGAAAAAUUCAUCUCAUCGGUCAUUUCUGUUCUGGGAUGCUGUGAAAGGAGAAGGAGGGCCGAAAAGCCAGUCCACCGCAAUCCGACGAUCUGAUUCUGAACAACCAAACCAACGAAACUCAGACUUCGCUACCCCUCUCUCUAACUUUCUCUUCAAUUCGCGCACAGGGUUUUUCGUUUUCCUUUCGAUCCUCCUCAAUUUUGUUUCUGCUCUCUUACUCCUUCUACUCAACGAUCUCCAGGUGGGUUUGGUCGUUUACCAUUCCAAAUGUAUUAGAUAACCCCAGCCCCUCAGAAACAAGAUUGCAAAAGCUCGAUCUUGAUACGCAGACCUCUCUCUCAUCAUGGCGGUUGCUGAGAAUGUUGGCCCCAAAAUCGGCUCUCCAAGUCAAACUUUGGAUAAUACUAUGGUUUCCUCUGAUUCUAAUGAAGCCAAGGGUGUUGAAAAUCAGAAGCCUAAGAACGAUUCUACGGGUCCGAUGAAUGCAGAACCCGACUUUCAUCCCAACGGUAAUGAUCAGAAUAUUCACAAGAAGGCACAGCUUCAGGAGAGAGCAGCUGCGGCAACUUCUUUUACACUUCCUUCCAAUUUCAAGCCUCAAAUGGGUCAGAUGCCAAACGGGUUUGAAACUAAUGGGGUUAAGAACCAGCAGCUGAUGGUGAAGUCUGCUGCUGCUGCUGGUUAUGGAAUUAGUAUGUCUAAUGGAGUGAGAAAUGGACCUGAUGGAGGUGAAAACUUCAAAAGAGAUAUGAGGGAUCUGGAGGAUUUACUAUCCAAAUUGAAUCCCAUGGCUGAGGAAUUUGUCCCUCCUUCGCUGGCCAAAAGUUUUCCCGGUUACUUUGGCAGUGCGCUUGGGUAUACUAACGAGUUUCUAUUGCAAGCUAAUUCUGUCAACAACGACGGGCAUACUAAUCGAAGGAAGAAGAAUGGUUUUAGUCAAGGUAGACGGAGGAUGAAUAAUAAGAUGAAUGCAGUGAAGCGAGAUGAGAUGACUCGGAGGACAGUGUAUGUAUCUGACAUCGACCAGCAGGUGACUGAAGAACUACUUGCUACUGUCUUUGCUAGCUGUGGAGAGGUUGUUGACUGUCGAAUCUGUGGUGAUCCCAACUCCAUUCUUCAUUUUGCCUUUAUCGAAUUCACUGAUGAAGAGGGUGCAAGAUCUUCCUUGAAUCUUUCAGGCACAGUUCUUGGUUUCUAUCCAGUCAGAGUGCUGCCCUCAAAAACUGCAAUAGCACCUGUCAAUCCUGACUUUUUACCCAGGUCGGAUGACGAACGUGAGAUGUGCUCAAGAACUAUCUAUUGUACAAAUAUUGACAAGAAGGUUACUCAAGCAGAGGUUAAACUGUUCUUUGAAUCACUAUGUGGAGAGGUUCAGCGCCUUAGGCUACUUGGAGAUUACCAUCAUUCCACUCGUAUAGCAUUUGUUGAGUUUACAAUGGCCGAAAGUGCCAUUGCUGCUCUUAACUGCAGUGGAGUUGUCUUGGGUUCCCUGCCAAUAAGGGUGAGCCCAUCAAAAACCCCAGUUCGUCCUCGCUCUCCUCGUGCUCAGCUGAACUGAAUGAAUGAUCCCUGCAUCUAUCCCAUGUCGGCCUGGUGCGCCCGAUAGAUAUAUUUAUAUAU